CUAACUUCUGUUCAUUGUUGAAAUACGAAAUAAUUUUAUAAAAUGUGUUUACGAUUUAUACACUAUUACUAUUUUUCAAUAAUUUUUAAAAUUGUAUCUCAUUUUUUUUUAAAUUUAGUGUAUAAUAAAGUAAAAUAUUUCAUUAAGUUCAAGUAAAGAAAAUAUUUUUUUUUAAAUAAUUUUUUUAGCAGGAAAACUAAACAAUCUAAAAUCCAGAAAUCAAAUUCAAGAUGGCAGCCACCAUGAAAGACGUUAGUAACAAUAUUUGUUUUAAUUUGUUCUGCGUUGUUGUAUUCUUGUGUAUACUGUAAUGUGAACUAGAUUGUUGUGAAUAUUUGGUAGGGGAAGUUGUUGAUCGUGAGAGUGUUUUGUGAGUUGUAAGUCGUGAGGUCAGAGCGUUAAUUUGGUUCGUGGUCAGUGUACAGUCAGUGGUGUUGAGCUUUUUUUAGUUUAUCGGCAAUAUCGGUAGCGCCUUUAGCCGAGUCCGAGUGUUUUGUUGGGAUAUAAAAGAAAAAGGGCAGUGUGUUUGUUAGUCGGGGGUUGUGAGAGUCCAGAGUAAAUCGUUAGAGUAGUCUAGCAGAGAGAGAUAGUAUUUAUGUUAGAUUCGCUGUGGGGCUUGCGUUGCCUGAGCGUGAGCUGAGGAUAUUUCUCUGCCACCUAUCACAUAUUCAUAUAUUUAUGUACAAGUCUAACAAGUUGAUGUUUUAUUAGUACAUGGAAAUGAAUACAGAAUUUACAAUGAACUAUUCAGUGUUUGAGUUACUUGACCAAGAAUCAAAGUAUUUGCCACCGGAGCUAAUAGAGUUAGACAAAUGAAAGAAGGCCGUAACAUUUGGGGGCCCGUUUUAGUUGAGGGGAAGGAGCAUAUAUAGAUUGAAAUUGUUUCUUUCAGUAAAGAGCUAAACCAGCACAUUCUUUCCCUUCUUCACUUCUUCAUUUUGGCAGACAUGUGUUUUUAAAUGGCAGCCACCUUGGUUGCCAUGACCUGUGCCCUUUCACCGGUCAUUGCAUAUAAACAUGACAGCUGUGUGAAAUGCCAUGGUGCUUCAAGUCCAAAUUUACCAUGAGUUCUUUGAAUGGAGUUCGUUUGUCCUUUUUUACUGUAUGUGUUUGUUUGUCCAUUGCAGGCCUUUGCAAUUUUCAACUUGAGUAGUAGUAGUAUUCUUAACUUCCUGUUUUUUGUUUGUUUAUUUACAAUAGCGCAGGCAGCAGAUGUCCAGAGCUACAAGUUCAAGGCUGUCGUAAUGUUAAAAUUAUCAAGAUGGUUGAUAAAAAUCGGAUGUAAUCAGUUCCGAUUUGAGCACUGCAUCGGGCAAAUUUUUCUACCGAAAUAUAUGACUUGAACUUGUAUGUCAGUCUAAAAUAUUGUUGAAAUAGAUAUCUAAUGGUGAUUUUAUUGCAGCCUUAGGCCUAUGUGAGAAAGGAAGCCUUUCGCUCUACCCAUCGCAUGUUAUGUUUAUGGGCGUUCUCACCCUACCUAUUAUCAGCCAACAUAUUUCCAGGAAUCUCAUCCCAAUUAUCAAAAUAUAAUAACUGAUUAUAAUUCCACCAUUUAAUGUUUUGCCUUGUUAGUCAUAGAUUUCAACAUCCUUAAUUUUUUUCAGUCGCAGAGUGAUGUGCAAGUGACCUUUGAAGAUCAAGAGAAGAUUAAUAGAUUUGCCCGCACAAAUGCCCGCCUCAUGGAUUUUAAGGAAGAACUGGCAGCUAAAGAGGUUGGUUAGAAUAGACUUAUUAAAUUUUAAACUAUCUUAAGCUAUUUUAAGCCACUUUAUUGUGUACUACAGUAAAAUCAUUAUAAUCUCCAAUAAUACACCAUACAUUUUAAAUGUCAGCCCUACGCACAACAUUAAUGUUGCCUAGCUCUGGAACAAGAGGCAGAGGCCUAUCUAGAGUGUAUGGCGCCUAGAGAAAAUUUUCAUAUUAACACACCCCAUUCCCCAACUAUGAAACCCAUUAUUUUCAUCAAUGAACUACCACAAAAGCCCAUUUUGGCACCUUGAACUAGUCUUGUGGCCAUGUACAACUGUCCUCCCUCUGUCGCCCCCAUUAGCUACCCAUCUGGAAAGAGAUAGCAGGUCUGAUGUUGUUAAGAACCACUACCAGCCAUGGGUAGUUAAGGCUAUCAACACUUGCUAUGAUUUGUACACUGACCACCUCAUACCUUGAUAAAUUAAUUACAAAUGACAUUUAUAUUGAAUAUUAUGAGGGAUUAACAACUUUUAUUUAUUUCUUUUAAAAGAAGGAACUUGAAAAUCUAACAGAUGCUGAAGAAGAGCUGGUGCUUGCUGAGGCUGAUUCAAGUACUGUCCCAUAUCCUUUUACUGGAGUACAUUUGUCUACCAGAGCCAUUUUUAACAUCUGCUAAGCAUCUUGUUAUUAUUUCUUUUGGCUCUUCCAUUUUCCAUGGAAAAGAGCAGAUACAGAAUCCAUUGAGUCACUUGUUCACUUCUUGGCUUUAGAAACAUCCAUCUGGUGUUUUUUUAAUAUUUAUUUUACAGUACCAUUAGUAUCCUACAACUACAAUGCAAAUGUUUAUGUAAGCAGCGUGUUUGAUGUAGGAAUACAGGUAAAUGAAAGAUAUUGUCUUCUAUCUCCCACAAGAUGACAUUUAUAAUUUGAAUAUACUUUUACUGCACUCAUAAUUUUGAAUGUGAAUUUAAAGAACUAUUUGAAAAACAACUAUCUAUCUUUCCCCUAUUUAUGGAACAGUUUUAAAAGUGGAACUAAUUAACAGGCUGCUUUUACCCUGGUUCUUAACCCAUGGCCCCAAAAGGGGGUCACAGAGGCUUUCUUUGGGUUUGAUGGCUGAAACAGUAAUAUGUUAAUCUGUGACUUACUAAAGUUUGAGAAUUUCUAAUACUUUCAUUUGAAUUAUCUAUUUUCAAUGUCCUUUCUUUAUUGUAUUUUUAAAAAAAAUAUUUUGUGGGGUCACUUUGCUUAUAUAAAAAUGUGUCUCAGUCUCAGCUUAAACAAAAAGCUCAAACCUGUGUACUAUUUUAGAAAAGACAAUAAUUGUGACAUUGAAGAGCAAACAUGUUUUUAAAAAUUUUGUUUGAAAGUUGUGCUAAAAAAAUUCUUUGGCUAUCAUUCAAUUCAUUCAUUGGACAUGACCAUGUCCAUUCCAACUAAAAUAAAGAUAGCCCUUUAUAACUUAUAGAACAUUCAAAAGCAAACUCCAAGCAAUUUAUAAUUUUGUUAAGCAUACCAUCCGGCUAAAUAAUACUACUAGCAAGAUUUUUGUUGUGUUCUGACCUUAACCAAACGCUACAUAUCAGAUAGGAGAAGUUUUGGUAGAGAUGAGCCUAGAGGAAGCUCAAGCAUCUUUAGAAAAGGCUAAAGAACUGUGCCUUGAAGAAAUAGCUGCCCUCAAGGUGAAAGCUGAAGCUCACAAAGAGACCCUCAAUAACCUCAAGACUUUACUCUAUGCUAAGUUUGGCACCAGUAUUAACCUUGACCUUGAUGAUGAGAGCUAAUUUAAAAUUGAGGACUAUUUCAUUUUAUCAAACUCUUUUUUUUUUUACUACCAAUGACAUUGACUAUAGGUUUAUUUAAAUUAAACAUUUGGAAAAAAAAAAUCAUGUUUGUUCAGAACUUUUUUAUUAUUAUUAAAAGCCAUAACUUUACUAACUGUAUGUACUCAUUCUAAAGCCGUUCCCUUCAUUAGCGUUCCCUUCAUUAGCGGACACAUUUAGUUUUUACUGUGCUGCCUCCUCGCAAACCCCCAACUAUGCCC